AUGACUAAGUCUCUGAAACUUGCACCAUCUCUUCCUCUACAAGAAGAUUUUGUUUAUCACUGGAAGGCAAUUACCCAUUACUACAUAGAAACUUCAGAUGAUAAAGCCCCAGUGACAGAUACAAAUAUUCCAUCUCAUCUGGAACAGAUGUUAGAUAUAUUGGUACAAGAAGAAAACGAACGGGAAUCUGGAGAGACGGGGCCAUGCAUGGAAUACUUGCUCCAUCACAAGAUCUUGGAAACAUUAUAUACCUUGGGGAAAGCUGAUUGCCCUCCUGGAAUGAAGCAGCAGGUCUUGGUGUUCUAUACGAAACUCCUGGGGCGGAUCCGGCAGCCACUGCUUCCACACAUUAACGUGCACAGGCCAGUGCAGAAAUUAAUUAGACUCUGUGGUGAAGUCCUUGCAACCCCAACUGAAAAUGAAGAAAUACAGUUUCUUUGUAUCGUGUGUGCAAAGCUGAAACAAGACCCCUACCUGGUUAAUUUUUUCUUGGAGAAUAAAUGGAAGCCCUUCGCGCCCAAGGUAGCCCCGGAUGCCACCUCAGCAGACCCGGGCCGGGGUCAGGAUGCCUCGCCGCCGGCCACUGCCUCUAGGUGCUGGACGCUCCCCCGGGCGUCCCUGAGCGGUGCGCGUGGGGUCCCAGUGGCCCUGCCCCCGGCCGAGCCCCCGCAGGCGGCCGACGACCUGCCCUCCAGCCUGGACAACCUCAGCGUCGCUUCGCUGCCGGAGGCCGCGGUGGCUCGUCCAAACCAGGAUUACAAUUUAGUGAAUUCUCUGCUGAAUCUCACCAGAAGCCCGGAUGGCCGGAUAGCCGUGAAAGCCUGCGAGGGCCUGAUGCUGCUGGUCAGCCUGCCGGAGCCCGCGGCCGCCAGGUGCCUCUCCCAGAGCACCUGCCUGUGCGAGCUGCUGACCGACAGGCUCGCCGCCCUGUACCGGGCGCUCCCGCAGGCCGUGGACCCCUUGGACAUCGAAACAGUGGAAGCGAUUAACUGGGGCUUGGAUUCAUAUAGUCACAAAGAAGAUGCUUCAGCAUUUCCAGGAAAACGAGCCUUAAUUUCAUUUCUUUCCUGGUUUGAUUACUGUGAUCAGCUCAUAAAGGAAGCACAAAAGACCACUGCUGUUGCUCUUGCCAAAGCUGUUCAUGAGAGAUUUUUUAUUGGUGUUAUGGAGCCUCAAUUAAUGCAAACUUCUGAGAUGGGUAUUCUGUCGUCAACUGCUCUCCUUCAUCGAAUUGUUCGGCAAGUAACUUCUGAUGUUUUGCUUCAAGAAAUGGUAUAUUUCAUCCUUGGAGAACAAAGAGAACCAGAAACUCUGGCAGAAAUUAGCAGACACCCAUUAAGAUAUCGGUUAAUUGAACAUUGUGAUCACAUAUCUGAUGAGAUAAGCAUAAUGACAUUAAGAAUGUUUGAACAUCUUUUACAAAAACCAAAUGAGCACAUUCUUUAUAACUUAGUCCUGAGAAAUCUUGAAGAAAGAAAUUAUACUGAAUAUAAGCCUGUGUGCCCAGAAGAUAAGGAUGUGGUGGAAAAUGGGCUGAUAGCAGGAGCUGUAGAUCUGGAAGAAGAUCCAUUAUUUACUGACAUUUCACCAGAUAACAUGCUGUCAAACCAAGAGUGGCUUAGUUCUUCACCUCCUGCUACUCCUGAUCACCCCAAAAGUGAUGGGAAAACUGAAGUCCAUAAAAUCGUGAAUAGCUUCCUCUGCCUGGUACCUGAUGAAGCAAAAUCCUCCUACCACGUCGAGGGCACUGGAUAUGAUACCUACCUCCGAGACGCUCAUAGGCAGUUCCGGGACUACUGUGCUAUCUGCUUGAGGUGGGAGUGGCCUGGGUCUCCAAAGGCCUUGGAAAGGUGCAAUUUAGAAGCAGCUUUCUUUGAAGGCCAUUUUUUGAAAGUUUUAUUUGACAGAAUGGGAAGAAUUCUUGAUCAGCCAUAUGAUGUAAAUUUACAAGUAACCUCGGUGUUAUCUAGACUUUCUCUCUUCCCUCAUCCUCACAUCCACGAGUACCUUUUAGAUCCUUAUGUGAACCUUGCGUCGGGCUGUAGAUCUCUCUUCUCUGUAAUCGUCAGGGUUGUUGGAGACCUUAUGGUUCGAAUCCAGCGCAUUCAAGACUUUACACCUAAGCUUCUUUUAGUAAGAAAGCGAUUACUUGGUCUGGAGCCUGAAGGCCCCAUUAUUGACCACAUCACGUUGCUGGAGGGUGUGAUCGUGUUAGAGGAGUUCUGUAAGGAGCUGGCCGCUAUUGCAUUUGUGAAAUACCAUGCUUCCUCUACACCAUAAAGAGCACCUUUCAGGACGCUGAGGGACAGAAUUGGUGUGUACAUUUCAUCAGCAAAAUGCAGCUCCAUCCAACCAAGAGGAUUAAAAGCAUUUGUAAAUGAAGUGCUGCUGUAAACUGGGCAGAACCAUUAAGAACCCACGGAGAGACACUGUCGGUAAACCUGUAUAGUGUUUUCUUUGGCUUUCUCAUAAUGGUUCCAGAUGUAACACUCACAUCCUGGAAUCCAGGGUACAAUCAGGAACUUCAGGAGCUAAGCAUUUCUAAUGACUUUGUGAAAAGCUGCAAAAUUUCCAGUGUCAUGACUUUGAUGAUAUUUAUGUUAUUUGAAUAUCCUUUUAGGCAGCAGGGCAGUUUGACAUUCUCUGGGACUCAAAUGCUUAUAUUCUUUUGGAUUAACAAGUAGCAAAAAAGGACUAAUUUUAUAACUUUUUAAGGUCAGAAUUCUUAUCAAACAAAAUAUGAAAAAACUAAAUGAGGAAAAAAAUUGAGGAACCAUCAAAUGAGUGAAUUAAUAACAGGAGAUUAAAAUAUGUAGAGCACCAUUAACUUUCUUCAGCUUUUCUAAGAAUAACAAUUUACUAUGAUAAAAAAAUUCUUGAUUAAUAUAAUAUAUAUAUUUUUAAAGAAAUAUUCUUCUUUUACCCUUCUGUGCACAUAGCCAUGUUAGUGGUGGAGUUUUGUGUGUGAGUCCCAGUUUAAACUGUCAUUUUUGCAACAAUAUUGAAUUUAGGCUCCCCAUUGGUAGCGUUUACUAAAAUAGUAUUUUUUAAGUUGAUUAACAUGUAUUGGGUCGAGAACCAUUUUUGCCUAGCCAUCUCUCCUCUCUGAAGACUGUUUUAUGAUUUGAUGUUCCUUGUGAGCUGCAUGGUGGCAUCUGUAGGAGACUGAUGAGUCUUAGGCAACAAUCACAGUGGCAGUGGCCUCCUUCAUGUUUACAUUUAAUUUUUCAUUUGUUCAUUCUUUUGUUUGAAAUGAUCCUCAAGAAAUUGAAAAACAAACUAACCAGUCUGUCCUGUUUACAUAUUAAGAACUGAGGUAGAGUGUGAAUGGUAGGCGUGAGGCAGCGUGUGGGCCUCCAGGGCUGUGCUGGCCCGGCGCCUGGGCGGACUUGCGAAAUGGUGUUUGCUGAUCCACGUUACGCCACGUUCUCUUCUCCCCUCAGUGAUGCUUACUGCUCAAAUACUGCUUUUAAGCUUCUUUCUGUUCCUCCCCUCCCGCCCCCCUUCCUUCUUAGUUGAAAUAUUAAGCAGCAGCACUUUUCUCUGUAUUUUUCCAUGGACUGAUAUUUAGGGGAGUAGAUUUUCCAUCUUGAACGCUACGCCACGGCUCCUCCGGGAAGCUGGUCUCUGCGGCGUGUCUGAGACGCUGGUGUGUGGCGAGUGCGUAGACGGGUGUGUUAGACCUACUGCUGAUUUUGAUGGAUCGGUUUUCUGAUUUAUUUUAUAGUUAGUUUUUGCUAUUUAUUAAGAACGAAAUACCAGAAGACUAUGAAUAUUUUUGGCUCUGGAAUGUUUACCACUUAAAAAAAACAAAAAGACUAAAUUUCUAAUUUAAUGCAAAUCUCUGUUAGUUCUUUCUAGAAAUGUAUUAAGCUAAACAAUGAAAAACACAAACGUGGGGGAUAUUUUGUGCAUUACCUUGCUUAAGUGAUCUUUAAAGGUGAGAAAGCAUUGCCCAUUCAAGCAAGGAACAUGGCAGCCUCUCGCUUUUUAGAUGUAGUGAGUAGGUUUGUUUAAAAAGCAUUAAGAGAUACUAGAUAUUUCUUAAUGUUUCAGUAGGUAUUCAGCAGUGAUGUUACCACUUGAACCAAAUACUAUUUUAUCCUUGAUUUCACAAUGGGACCUUAUAGCUAAUCUAUGAAACCAAGAUCCGGAAAGCUUUAACUCUUAAAUUUAUGUGUGUAUGCUGCUUAUUAAACCAGUUAUUUUCCUAAGUUAUUAUAAUGACUUUGGUUUGUAAUCAGUUAAAGCUUAAGGAACAAUUUACCUUCUAGGUUUUUUUUAUUUCCCCUAUAUUUAGUUUAUACCUAGAGCCUGUGUCAUUUCCCACAGUGAGUUGGAUUUGUGAGGGAAACACUGUACUAUGUGACUAGUAAGUCUUUUUCUUACUGUCUCUUGAAAGCUGAAUAUUUCUAUUAUUCAGUAUUUGUAAAACAGUGACUAAAAUGCAGCCUGUGUUGGGUGGAAAUGACCACCCUGACAAUUGAUUGCAUAGCAACUUCCAAACUGGACUUCAGCCUUGCUUCAUAGUGGCAUCAGUAGGUAUACACGUUUUUGUUUUUUUUUUUUAACAUUUUCUCUAACAGCAGUCUCUUUGUUGUUGUUUUUUUAGUAAUGAGCCACAUUCUUUACUUGCUAGAAUUCAGAUUUAUCCUUAGUCAGUUAUCAUGUAGUGCUCAUAACUGUGUAAUGUUCUCAUAAUGUAUCUGUGCAAUAUGGGAGCUAUGAGUGGAUUCAUAGCUUUUGGUUUAAUUGUAUAAUACUGUGUACAUGUGUAUAUAAAUGUAUAUACAUAAGGACCAAAAUCCUUAGCUUGCUUACACUGUUGCUAGUGUGAAGAUUGUUACACUUAAUUUUACAGGCCACAAAUUAUGGAAUUCAUAAUUCAUGGUAACACAUUUCCAUAAAUUAUUGCAUUAAUAGACAAUUACCAUUUAAUUAUGAAGUUUCAUAGUAUUGACAGAAGUUACAGUGAAGUGUGAGAACCACAGCUGUAUGGUAAUUACAUUUCGGGUUGUACAGUGAAUUAAAUAUGCAUGUCAUUGUGACACUUGAUGUGACACAUGGUUGAUAAUCAUAUUUCUGGGCCCUGUAAAGUAGUGUUACCAUAAUACUCUGUUUGGCCUCCUGCCUUGUUUACAUUAAACAAAGGAUAUUUGGGAAAUUUUUCUAUCAAGCAUUGUGCAGGUUGCUGAGGGUGUGACCGAGGCCUGGUUCGCAGGCUGCCUGUGAGGAAGCUCUGCAGAUGGCGACUGUGUACCUACUCGCUGCAAAGGAGGCUGAUCGCGUUCAAUUUUUUGUGCUAACUGCAUGCAGGUCGAAGAGGGAUAACCUAAAAAUAAAUAAUGUAAU